AAGUCAAUUAAUUUUGGAGAACGAUUUCCCUGUCUUCGGGAGUGAAUCAGUGACUUUGGGGUUUCUUCAAGGAAAUCAAGGGGUUUAGAGGGCUGUUGAGGGCGGAUAGAGGAAGAUGGAUGAGGCGAAGUUCCUGAAACGGAAGGUUAGGUCGGGGACACUGGAUGUCCACCCCACGGAGAAGGCUCUGGUGGUCAACUACGAUGUGGAGGCGCUGAUUCUGGGGGAACUAGGGGACCCCAUGCUCGGGGACCGCAAGGAAUGUCAGAAAAUAAUCAGACUAAAGAGUUUAAAUGCCGAUACAAAUGUCUCGCUGCUCGCUAAGGAAGUUAUGGAGAAGUGCUCCUUAAUUCAUGAGUCCAAGCUCCACGAGGUAGAGCAAUUGAUCUAUUAUUUAAAGAACAGGAAGGUCAAUACCGAAGCCACUCCAUGUCUAGGUUUUGAUGGCACUUUCCGCCCACCCAGGCCCACCUCCUCGACCUCCACAAGCCUCCCUGGAUCAGAGAAUGGAGAUCAGGAACGUGCGGUUAUCUCCAACGUCGACAGCUACAUAGAGCUCCUCUACGAGGAGAUUCCAGGUAAAGUAAAAGGCUCAGCCCUGAUCCUGCAACUGGCAAGAGUACCAGACAACCUCCUGGAGCUCACGAAAAACGAGUCUCUGCUGAGUGCUCUGGCGAGGGUCCUCAGGGAGGACUGGAAACGCAGCAUAGAACUCUCCACCAAUAUCAUCUACAUCUUCUUCUGCUUCUCAACGUACUCUCAAUUCCACAAUAUUAUUUUGGAGUACAGAAUUGGCUCGUUGUGCAUGGAGAUCGUCGACUUUGAACUAGUGAGAUACGAUCAAUGGAAGGACGACAUGGAGAAACGUCGUCGUCACUUUGAAACAUCUACAGGACUCGUUCUCUUCCCCUCCACGAAUGGCGAGAACAACGACAAGAAGCUCAAGCUGACAGAUGACAUCUGGAGUACAGAGGGCCCCCUGGACUACGAGCUCAAGCGUAGGUCCGCUGAGGUCCACCUGCACAUCACCGAGGGCGAGAUAAAGCGCCUCAAGGAGGACCUGGAGAAGAGCCGAAAGAAAUUCAAGAGCCUCACGAAGAAACAGGAACAACUGCUGCGAGUUGCCUUCUACCUGCUGCUGAACAUCGCUGAGAACACUGAGGUCGAGAGGAAAAUGAGAAAGAAGAAUGUCAUAGGGAUGCUGAUCAAGACCCUGGACAGGGUCAACACUGAUCUUCUGAUUCUCGUUAUAACAUUCCUCAAGAAGUUGUCGAUAUUCCGGGAGAAUAAGGAUUCAAUGGCUGAGGACAACAUCGUCGAGAAGCUCCCCAGACUCCUCCAGAAUAACAAUCCUGACCUGGUACUGAGCACUUUGAAGCUGCUGUUCAAUAUCUCGUUCGAUGGGAAAUUGCGGGGCAAGAUGGUGAGAGUGGGACUUCUUCCUAAAUUGGUGAAAUUGCUUGGGGCCAGUGAUUCUCAGAGCAAGAAUACUAUUCUGGGACUGCUGUAUCAUCUCAGCAUGGAUGAUAAGGUUAAGUCCAUGUUUGGAAACAGUGACUGUGUUCCCAUGGUGACUGACAUGAUCCUGGAGGAGGGGGAGGAGAGGACCAAGAGGGAGCUCAUCGCACUCUGCAUCAAUUUGGCUUGUCAUAACAGGAAUGCGCAGAUCAUGGUGGAGAACAAUCGACUGCAGGGGCUCAUUCGAAAGGCUUUCAAGAGCCAGGAUGCUUUGAUUAUGAAGAUGAUUCGGAAUAUUUCACAGCACGACAAUACCAAAGAGCAUUUCGUGGAAUUCGUUGGAGACUUUGCCAUGGCCCUGACUGAAUCAGACUCUCAGGACUUCAUCCUGGAGAUCGUGGGAGUCCUGGGAAAUUUGGUGCUUCCAGAUUUGGAUUAUGCCCAGAUUCUCCAGCGCUGCAAUCUGAUCCCCUGGAUCCGAAAUAACUUGGUCCCUGGGAAGGUUCAGGACGAUUUGGUGCUUGAGGUUGUUGUGCUCCUGGGGACUGCAGCCUCCGACGAGGACUGUGCGAGGCUCCUCUGCAAGGCCGACAUACUCUUGUCGUUGAUAGAACUGCUCAAGGCCAAGCAGGAGGAUGACGAGAUCGUAUUGCAGAUUAUUUACGUUUUUUAUCAAAUCGCCAUGCACGAGUCCACGAGGGAUUAUCUGAUCAAGGAGACUGGGAACGAGGCCCCAGGGUAUCUGAUUGAUCUCAUGCAUGAUAAGAAUCCAGCUGUCAGGAGGGUCUGUGAUGCUUGUUUGGAUGUGAUUGCUUUAUGUGAUAAAGACUGGGCAGCUAGGAUUAAAGUCGAAAAAUUUCGAUCUCACAAUCAGCAAUGGCUGGAAAUGGUGGAGUCCAUUGCAAUAGACAACACAAAUCACUUAAUCGUCGAUGAGGAUGACAGUCUCCCGCCCUUCAUGAGCGGAGACCUUCUCAAGCACACCAUGCUAUUCUCCUCUGGUAACUCGACUUCCUUCAUCACUGAUGAUGGAGAUUCAACCAUCAGAGGGGGGUUAGACUCUUCAGAUAAUUCUAGUCGCCCUGCGAGCCGCUACAGUCGAGACUUCGACGACAUAACCGACCUAAUGGCUCGUUCCAAGUCUCGAAUGUCUGUUGGCUCAGGCAUUGAGGACCUCUACCACAAUUCAAAAGUGAAAUUCUCAGAGUCUGACAACUCCCACGUGCUAAUAUGAGUAGACAAUCCAGGUAAAGUGCUUAAUUUCCACGAAUCUUGCUGAAUUAGCUUCAAUCGAGCUGUGGCGAUAGAGAGCCCAGGUCUAUGCACAAUUUGUAGAAAUUCAAUUUUUUUAUUGAUCUCUGAAUGUUUUGUUGAAAAUAGUGCCUUUACGUUGUCAGAUGAAUCACAGUCUCGUUUUUAAUGUCAGGGCUUUGUAAGAGAUACUCUCACAUUCAUGGUACUAGUCAAAGUAUUAUUUAAGGAACUAUUUACCUGGGGAA